AUGGGGGGCCAGGGCAAGCAGAUCGGGGGGCUGGCGCUGGCUCUGAUGGGUGUUUUGGGAGUGUGUUUGACAUGUGGACUACCGAUGUGGCGUGAGACCUCUUUUGUUGGAGCGAACAUCGUGACUGCGCAGUCAGUAAGUUUGAUUAAAUUCACCACAUUCUUCAGUAUGUCAUCUGAACCAUGUCGGAUUUCUUCAUUAACAACAUCAAGUUUUAGUUCUGCACAUAUUUGACCAUAAACUGAAAAUAAUAUGCAUAUAGGAUGCUCCUCCACACAAAAAGAAAACACCAUGUCAAGAGUUAAUCAAGAGUAAAAAUCCAGCCUCAUAACAUCAUCCUGAAGACCCCCUUUUUCUCUGUGUCAGGUGUGGGAUGGUCUGUGGUUCCACUGUAUCCUUCAGGCCACAGGUCAGCUGCAGUGCAAGAGACACAAAUCACCCAUGACCAAUACCUCUGACCUCGAGGCUGGACGUGUCCUCACCCUGAUCGCCAUCCUGGCUGGUUUUGUGGGCUUCAUCAUCACUCUUCUCGGAGGAGGUGUAGUCAACUGUAGCGGGACUCCGCCGGACCCGUUAGAGCCUCCUGGUCCUUCACCCUCCCAAAAGAAGGUCCUGAAAAUACUUACAUGUUGUGUUGAUUGAACCUCAAGUGAGUUUUGAUGGGUAAUGAAAAAGACAAGAAUUUAUGAGCCUCUUAAGAGCUGCAAAAACAGACUCAACCAUUAAUGAUAAGAUCAACUAUCUCUGUAUCAGAACUUUUAUUGCCUGAAACUGCUGUGAGGGGUAAGUUACAGACUGGGGAAGUCGUAGAAAACAGGUGAAGCUACUUUUUCACCCACUUUGCAAGAGCAAAUAAUCACAGUGAGUGAUGCAUUUGACCAUUAAAAGAGCAGACUGAGACUCCCAAAAAACACUACCUCUUCAUGGACAGGACAAAAUCAGCGUACAAGAGGGCCCACUUUGUCCAGAGGGGGCGCCAAAAUUGACCAAAAUCAGGAGUUCUUUACAAGAGCUUAUGAUGAACGGCAGUGACAGCUGCCGUUCAGAGUGUUUUUACCAAUAAGAACUAUCAUAAUAAAUAAUGAAGGUGUUUAGAUCUGGCAACAUGGCUCUGCUGCAAGAUAAAGCUUUAAAAGCAAGUAGGUGUCUCAAUGCCUUUACUAUGUAGUUUAGAUCGGGUGAACAGUGAUAAUUAUUUAUACUUUCGACCUUGAGGUGAGCAGAACAAAACCUGAUAUCAAAGGGGAAGAAAAACAACCAAUCAAUGCUCACAUCAGUUAUGCAGUUAAAAUCUUAGUUAUAAUUAAUUCUGGGUUUUGUUGGUAUUGAAAACAGUAAAGAUUGUUUGUAUAGGAAAAUACACCUUUAAUGUUGGUUAUUUCAGGUCAAAUGCAGAUCAAAUCAAGUAAAUAAAGAGAAGUUUUAAAGUCUUGUCACUUCACUUCACCUGAGAAAUGUUCUUAUGUAAAUAUCCAGGGUUUUAAACUCUUUAUUUGGAUAAAAAUUAUGGAGUCUCUCAAGGUUGCUCCCACCCCUACUAAAUAGGAAAAAUAGAAUAAUACAUGCAGGAGAAAAACAUUUCAUUUUAGAAAGAAUGCAAUCAUUACUUGCACAUUUGAACAAUACUUUAAGAUAAAACUAGCACUUUAGAUUUAAUUUAGACAAAUUUGGCUCUGGUCAUAUUGGUGUUGUAUCCUUCCUACCACAGACUGUGCUUUUCAAUCACUUAAACAUACUGGAACAUAGUUGAACACGAAUAACUGAAGCAUUACCUCAGUAUGGUAUUGUGUUGGCCAGUAGGGUUUUGGGUUAAAACUGCACCUUCACAGCUUGGUGGUCCAUUGUUCAACCCUUGGUAUAUGCUUUCUGUGUGAGGCAGGAAGUAAUUGCUCCCCUCACACUGUAGUCUGAGCUACUUUUUGUACUGAUAUAAUGAGCUGCUAAAAUGAAAAGAACUAAACAGGAAAGCACUGCGGGGCAGGGCGGUAGUGUUGUGGUGAGGAAUGCUGCCUCACGGCCAAGUGGUCCACAGUUCAUCUGCAGGGGUAUGUUGGUCAUCUCGUUUUUAACAUACUAGAUACCUAUUUUCAUGCCUAAAGGAAGAAUAAAUGAGCCCAACCACCACAUCACUUGCCUGUUUAGUUCUGUUUAUUUUAUUAAUUUUUACAGGAGUGCAAAGCGCAGCCAGCACCACAGUGAGAGCCAAUGAAUCAUGAAAAUUUAAUGGUUCAUGAACACAAUGGAUGUGUUGUUAUUGUAAUUUGGCUGUGUUGUUGGGGCCAAUUGGGAUAUCUCUUCAUGGGGCCCAGAAUCCCCUGUAACCCCCCUGAUCACUGAUACAUUUGUUUUUCCAGGCCUGUCUUGUUGGUGGAGUUCUGUGUAUCCUGGCUGGCAUCCUGUGCCUCAUAUCAGUCAGCUGGUCGGCAGCAGCAACCAUCUCUGUAUACAACGACCCCUUUGUGGCGCCCGCUAUGAAGAGAGAGGUGGGCUCUUCUAUCUACAUCGGAUUUGCCUCGGCUGUGCUGCUCCUACUCGGUGGUGCUCUGAUGUGCUUAAUCUGUGGAGAGGAGAAGAAAUCCCCACCUUCCUACUACUCCUACAUGCCGUAUACCACCAACAGUCAAUACAGCGAUGCUCCAUCCCGCAUGGCCACACCGAGGCCUGUCAUUGUGAGACCCAACUCGAGGACAGGUGAUUUCCCCGGACCAAGGAUGGUGGAGCACGUCGCACAGGUGCACAAUGAUAACUCCUUCAGGAGGGCUCAGAGUGCGGUCGGUAUGUACGAUGCCUGA